CACUGUAGACGGGGAGCAAAGGCAGGAAGGACCAGCAUGGGAAUCCUGUAUUCUGAGCCCAUCUGCCAGGCAGCCUACCAGAACGACUUGGGGCAAGUGUGGCGGUGGGUGAAAGAAGACAACCAUUAUGUGGAUGUUCAAGAUGGCUUCAACGGAGACACUCCCCUCAUCUGCGCCUGUAGGCGAGGCCACGUGAGAAUCGUCUCCUUCCUCUUAAAGAGAAAUGCUGAUGUCAACCUGAAAAACUUGAAGGAGAGAACCUGCUUGCACUAUGCUGUGAAGAAGAGGUUUACCUUCUUCGAUUAUCUCCUCAUUAUCCUUUUAAUGCCUGUCUUGCUCAUCGGAUAUUUCCUCAUGGUAUCAAAGACGAAGCAGAACGAGAAUCUUGUACGCAUGCUCCUUGAUGCUGGUGUCGACGUUAAUGCUACUGACUGCUAUGGCUACACUGCCUUGCAUUAUGCAUGCCAGAUGAAGAACCAGACUCUCAUUCCUCUGCUUCUCAGAGCCCAUGCAGAUCCCAUGAUCAGGAACAAGCAUGGAGAGAGUUCCCUGGAUAUCGCACAGAGGCUAAAAUUUUCCCAGAUUGUCUCGAUGCUCAAGAAAGCCUCAUAG